CGAAUUUGGAACAGUUGACGCGCGUACUUUGUCACGUUCGUGUCGUUUCUUGUGAUUUUAUUAUUAAACUUUUAUUUUUCUUUGUAAUUUUUAACUUAACUAUGCUUAAUUAAAAGAUCUUCUGGCUUUUUCAUAUCAUGUGAUUCAAGUUACAUUUCAUAUUGAAUGGAUGAAAUCGGAUCAAAAUUUGGAACGUUACAUCGAAAUUCGAAUCUCCUGAGUGGAAUUUUCACCAUUGAAAUUCAGGUUACUGUUCACAAAGGAUAUAAUCGUGCUACUAUGCAAACUAAUAUGUAAUGCUAUAAUUGGACAAGAUUGUGCAGAUGGUGUUAACAAAGACAACGUUAUAUUACGGACAGAGAAUAGCUUGGAUAUAGUUGGCUAAUUAUCAUGGAAUCUAGGACUUUGAUUAGCUCAGAUGAACAUCAUAAAUGAACCAACUAUCUUAUAAUUCAGCCCAAGGCACAAUUUUUAUUCCCAAUUUGAAAUUCAGAUAUCAUACAAUUUAUCUUAAAACAAUCCUCUACUCUUCUCCAUUAUAACAAAACAUUUUUGAAAUUUUUCCAAGUUUUAAAAACAGAUGAAAGAAUGAAUAUAUUUUUCUAAUUGAAAAACAAAAUUACAAAUAGAAAAAUAUACAUAUUGAAAUUUCUACAAGAUGAAUUCUAAAUUCAUUUAAAAAUGAUCAAUAUAAGAUAUUAGAAGCGAUGAAAAUGAAUAUCUUAAUCGAAUUUUGAUUUAUUAUUUUGUACCCAUUUUUCUUAUCGCGAUCGAUUAUAACAUGGAAAGGGAGUAACGAGUGUAACAGUGACAAUAAAAUUAUUCUGGCCUCUGAUAAAGCGAGCACAAGUACAAAGAGGCAACUCGAAACAGUCCACCAGCACAGAAAUUUCUUUCUUCUUUGUUCGAGCGUCUCUCCGCUCGAGAUAAAGCAUUCAACCAGCCAGAAUUCAGCUUGUAGAGAUAGAGGAAACAGAAACGGGGUUGGUUGCGGGGAAAUCCCGGAAUUGAAAUUCGAUUACGCCUGGCAAGGAGAAGAAAUUGGUAGAAUGAAGAAAUGAAGAAAGAGGAGGGAUACGCGUUGUUUACGUGUGAUUUAUCGAGCUUGUGAUGAGUGAGGAUGCAGAGGCAAAAGGAAGUAAAAAUGGAUAAUUAAAAGAAAUAUGGAUGUCGCUAAUGCAAUUAAAAAUAAUACGCCGGAUUUCUGCAGCGCGAGAUAUAAGAAUUUAAUGCCUCUGGAAGGUGAGUUGUGGUGCGAGCCAGUCUGGGACUCGUUACUCUGUUGGCCGCCGACCAAAGCUUCCACUACAGCCAAACAAAGAUGUCCGUACGAAGAUGGAUUCGAUACAACCAAAUCUGUGGAGAAGAAAUGUGGAUAUAAUGGGCGUUGGGAGGGUCAGAACGGAACAAACAACGAUUCUCCUCAUGGAUGGGCAAACUACACGACUUGUAUGACACCGGAAAUGCUUCGAUUACAUGGAAAAGUUUACACUAAUGCCAUUGAGGGUAAUAUGAAGCUGGACAUUGCUGAGAAAACUCGUACCUUAGAGUUCGUGGGUUUAAGCAUUUCUUUAGUAGCACUAUUUGCUUCACUUGCCAUAUUCUGUCGUUUUAGGUCCCUGAGAAACACCAGAACUAGAAUACAUAAGAACUUAUUCGUCGCCAUGGUCGUUCAGGUUUUGAUUAGAUUAACGAUCUACAUAGAUAUUGAAAUCUUGAGGAAGAAAACUUAUGGCAUUCAACGAGGCAUAGGAAACACCCCUGUACUUUGUGAAGCCAGUUACGCACUUUUGGAAUAUGCCAAAACUGCAAUGUUCAUGUGGAUGUUUAUAGAGGGGCUGUUCCUUCACAACAUGGUCACUGUAACAGUGUUUCAAGAAAACUCUUACUAUAGGAUGUACAGAUUCAUUGGAUGGGGUUGUCCUGUCAUGAUGACGCUAAUUUGGGCGACUAUUACCGCGUUUUAUUAUCAUCCAAAAUCAAAAUUUUCCAGAUGUUGGUCUGGAUAUAAUUUGUCUUCCUAUUUUUGGAUCCUAGAGGGACCCAGAUUUGCAGUAAUAUUGCUCAAUUUUCUGUUCUUGUUGAACAUUGUCAGAGUGCUCGUAGUAAAACUUCGACAAAGUCAUACUAGUGAAAUCGAGCAAGUCCUAAAAGCUGUAAGAGCAGCCGUAGUGCUUUUACCACUAUUGGGUAUUACUAACGUGCUCUUUAUGAUCGAGGCACCUUUGCAUAACGUAAGAAAGUUCGCGUUAUGGUCAUAUUCCACGCAUUUUCUUCAAUCUUUUCAAGGACUUUUCAUUGCAACUCUUUACUGUUUUCUAAAUGGCGAGGUAAGAAAAUUUAUUUUAUACAUUAUA